AUGAAGAAAAAUAUAAUAAGAACGAGUUUCAUAACAUGGAUUAUGUACAAAACGCCAACUCCUACGAGGAUUUUCAUUUUUCUGAAAUGUUACGCUCAGCUUCUCGUCCUCUUCGAUGGUAUCCCUGGCCUGGAUUUCAGUGUGCAGAUCGGUGGACCCGGUUCUUCGCCCACCCGAUCCGAAACCUCUAGCUACCUUUGGAACCAGAGUGACCAUGGUCCGAACUGGUUUCAUCACUUCCUCUUGAUUCAUCUUUCCGCAACAGCCCCGACUUGCAAUGCCCAUGGUCCGAUCUGCUCUUAG